GCGGCGGGCAGGGUGCGGGGAGGCCGUGAGGGAGGAGGGAGCGGGAGCGACCCCCGCGCGCUGCCUCAGCUCAGUCCGGCUGUGAGGGGAGCGGGCUCCGGCGGAGCCCUCGGGGACCUCCAGCCCCCUCCGGCGCUCUCUGCUCGGCCUUGGCUGCAGGAGGGUGCCGGGUGUCCCCGGUACGGGCCCCCGCGGAAUGAAUUUGGCAUUAACAGGAUAAACUGUGAGGGGAGCACCUCCAGCUGCUCCGGGGAAGCUCCGGCUCGUCCCCAGGGCAGUGCUACCCCUGCCGCCCUCACCCCGACUGCCAUAGACGUGAGGAGCGGAGUUCCUUGGAGAUCGCCCGUAAUAAAAACCUAACGAGUUUUCAGAAUGACCUCCUUGGCUGACGUGCCCCCAAAUUAUGAAACGAUGUUUGCUCAUCGAUUCACAUCGGAUGAUGAAGAGUACCAGGAGUAUCUAAAACGCCCUGCAGAUCCCCCUCCUAUAGUUGAAGAAUGGAGAAACAGAUCUGGUGGCAACCAGAGGAACAGAGAGCGGUUUCAAGAUGGCAGAUAUUUUAGAGGGGACAGGUACAACUGGCAAGGUGACUACAGAUCUAAUCAGAGGUCGGAUAGGGGCUGGGGUAACAACUACCAGCAGCACAGGCAAGGACAGUCCUACUCAUCCCACUACGGACAGUACGGCUACAACUCCUACAACUCCUACAACUCCUACAACUCCUACAACCCGGGGCCUCGUUACCACCCCUACUGAGAUCCCUGUGGGCUGAGAGUCCAGUGAUGCUAUGUAACAAAUUCACUUAGCUUUUAGUUUGCUUAUUUUUUCCACUGUUUUAUAGAUAACUGAAGAAUCAGUGUUGCAGUCCAGUGCUGUUUUUCUGUAGUGUGAAAUGAAAAAGGGAACUCCUUUUAUGAAUAACAAAAGUGUAUUAUAUGGAGUUUGUUUAGAGUCUGUAGGUUUUAGAUUAAAUUUUUAUCUCCUCCUUUUGUCUGAAUAUGUAUUGUGCACAUUUUUCUUCCAUCACUGAGAUUUCUCUGUGUUAGAAACAUUUUAGAAACCAAAACAGGUGAGGGGAGGGUAGGAUAGCUGUGGUUUGUAUGCAGCCUGUAGCAGUGGCACAUUGCCUUAAGAUAGCUCUUUGUGAAAAUAAAAUACUGCGUCUUUCUGUGGAGAAAAUGUCUUAGUUUGGCUUUUGACAGUGAGAAGCUCAUUUUGGUUUGAAUUUCAGAUGCCUUAAAACUGAGGAGAGAGAUCCUAUUACUGAAAUAUUUCAUGGGGUCGGCAUAGUGUCUGUUGACUCAAUGGCUUCAAUGUAUCUGCAGUAUUCCUCCUAAAACAUGGUCUAAAAGUUGGGUUAAAAAAAAAGUAGUUAAAUAUGUAUCUUCUUGUAGGAGUUCAGUGAUACAUAAGCUUUACCUGAGAAGUAAUAUCAAACUUAGAUUAUUCUGUGUCAUCUUCAAAUAAAUUCGGUGUGUGCGUAACAAAUUUUGGAAUUCCCAUUUCAGUGAAGCUGUAAAACUUUGAUGCAAUUGUAGUUUGUAUAAAACACUUUGUGCAUGUUUAAAAAUAGAACUAUGAUCAGUACUGGUCUGUACUUUUUUCUGUAUGGGAAAAUAGCAUAAACAGUGCAGAGUGUUAUGCAGUUCUUAGAAUUUAAGAUUUAUGGGGUUUUUAAGUAUUCACACAAUAAAAGUAUAGUUCACAUAUAA